AUGUCGGCCGAAAUGUCUUCCCAGCGCAGGUCGCAGCCUGUGCGCCAGACACGCACGAACCCUUCGCGAACCACGGCCAACCCCUCUUCUCGCGCGACGGGCGGCGCUGGCGCCAGAGACGAGCCAGCGAGCGAUCAACCCAUCGACAUCUUCCCGGCCAUUACAUUCUUUGCAGACACGCUUACCGCUCUACCGCGGGAGCUCGUCCGACACUUCACACUGCUCAAGGAAGUGGACGCCAAGCUGUGCAUCCCCGAAGAGCAACUGUUCGAGCUCGUCUCGGCAGCCCUCGCCACCACCAACACCACAACUACCACCGCACAGGCCGGCGAUGCUGCUGCUGCAGGUAGCAACAGCAGCACAAUCCAGACCACCCAGACAAGAGAGAAGGGCGCCGUCGCAUCUUCAUCGACGACCGAGCCACAGCAGCCCACUGCCGCCGACCAGCUCCUCCGCAGGCGGCAGCUGUUUCGGCAAGUCUCCUUGAAGAUCCAGGAGAUGCUCGUGUCACUCGAGGAGAAGAACCACGUCAUCGGCACCGCAAACGAUGCGCUCGACAAGCAGAUUGCUCGCGUCGAAGACGUCUGGCCCUACCUCGAGCGCGAGUUCAGCGACGAGGCUAAGUGGGGGAGCGACACGCACUGGGCCUACCCAGAGAACCGCAACAAGUCGUUGCACCCGGAGCGUGCCCGCCGCGACGGCGCUGCCGCAAUAUCCGCCGCUGCCCAGGCCGUGGCUGAAGAGGCCGCGGCCCGCAGCGACGCUCGCAAGCAGGCCCUCCAGGCGAAGAAGAACCUCAAGAACAACAAGGACAACAACCAUCACGACGUAGACUUUGACGAUCAUGAUGGUGCCGGCGGCCGACAUCACAAGGGCGAGGUGGUUAAGAAGUCUACCAAGACCCGCAAGUCGGCCCCCGAGGCCGCCGGUGUCGGCCUGGGUAUAACUACUACGGCAAAUGGCAACCCGCCGCAGAAGAAGCGGAAGGUUGAGAGCAACAGCAGCACAACAAAUGGCACCACAGCGUCGGGAGAGCAUGCUACGAGUUCCAUCUUUGGUCUUAACGCGUCAAAGUCCAAGGGUGCCAAUGCUGGCGAGGUGUCCUCUGGCUCGGACGGUCCCAAGAAGAGGAAGGCUCUACCGUCUGGCGGCACCUCGGGCAAGACCAACGGAACUGCGGCGGUCAGCGGUGACGCCCCUCCACCGACGCCGACGGCGCCACGUGCAGGGUCGGACGCCCGGUCGGUCAAGGAGGCCAGCGUACCCAUCAAGGGCGAGACCGGCAAGAAGGACGGGGACAACGCCGAGAGCGCUGGUUCUGGUCCUGGCGAGACGCCCGGUGCUGCUGGCGCCCGCGGCGGCACGCCUAACAACAACAACAACAACAACAACAACAAUAAUAAUAUUAAUAAUAGUAGUAACAAUAUCAACAACGGCAUGAAGACAGAGAAACCCAUGACCAAGGCUGAGGAACAGCGCGAACGCCGCAAGAGCGAGUCGAUACCACCGGGUGGCCAGACGCCCGCGACGGUGACGACGACGAAGAGCGGUCGGACGAGCAAGCCGUCCACCCCCGCCAUGGCGACGUUUCAAGAAGCAGCAACGACGACAAGGGCACGACCGUCGCGCGGCGGCGCCGGUGGUACAGACAACAGCAGCAGCAGCAGCAGCGGGAAAAAGGGCCACAGGAAGAGCGCGUCGACGGCGACGCAGCAGGCCCAGGCUCUCGCGGCACUGCCACCGCCGCCACCUGCGCCGACGUCCGGUACGGUGGACGACGACGCGACUAGCGGAGAGGGUGAUGUGGACGCAGACGAGCCGACGUACUGCCACUGCAACGGCGUGAGCUACGGCGAGAUGGUCGCGUGUGACUCGGAUGAUUGCCAGAGGGAGUGGUUCCAUCUUGCUUGCGUGGGCUUGAAGGUUGCGCCGGCGGAGAAUCGUACGUGGUACUGCGAGGAUUGCAAGGAACGACUCAAGAUUGGAGCCAAAAAGGGUGGUCGUUGA